AUGAAACGAGGAAGGACAGGUCUCAAAGCCAUGUGCCAGGCCUUCCCCUCCCACGAGGAGAGGGUUAAGAGACAGAAGCGGGCGGCGUCCGGUUUCGCUCUGACUCCAUUGCAGGACUGGGGUAACCUGCCCCACCACGUCGUCCUGCAGAUCUUCCAGCAUCUGUCCCUGGUGGACCGGGCCAGGGCCUCGUCUGUCUGCCGGUGCUGGAAUGAUGUCUUUCACACCCCUGACCUGUGGAGGAGGUUCGAGUUUGAGCUCAAUCAGCCGGCCACGUCUUACCUACGCUCCACUCACCCUGACCUCAUUCAGCAGAUCAUCAAGAAGCACGCCCAACACCUGCAGUACGUCAGCUUCAAAGUGGACAGCUGCACAGAAUCUGCAGAGGCGGCCUGUGACAUUCUGUCCCAGCUGGUGAACUGUACCAUUAAGACCCUGGGGCUGAUUUCCACAGCACGGCCCAGCUUCAUGGAUGUAUCCCAGGCCCACUUUGUGUCUGCGCUGACAGUGGUGUUUGUCAACUCCAAGUCUCUGUCCUCUAUCAAGAUUGAUGACACCCCUGUAGACGAUCCGUCCCUGAAGGUGCUGGUUGCCAACAACAGCGACACCCUUAAGUUGCUGAAGAUGAGCAGCUGUCCUCAUGUCUCCCCAGCAGGUAUCUUGUGCGUGGCAGACCAGUGCCACGGCCUCAGGGAGCUGGCGUUGAACUACCAUCUCCUGAGCGACGAGCUGCUCCUCGCCCUGUCGUCUGAAAAGCACGUCCACUUGGAGCACCUGCGCAUCGAUGUGGUGAGUGAGAACCCCGGACAGACACACUUUCACACCAUCAAGAGGAGCAGCUGGGAGGCGUUAGUACGACACUCGCCCAAGGUCAACAUCGUCAUGUACUUCUUCCUCUAUGAGGAGGAGUUCGAGCCCUUCUUCUGUGAGGAGACGCCGGUCACCCACCUGUACUUUGGCCGGGCAGUCAGCAAAGAGAUGCUGGGCCGCAUUGGGCUGAACUGCCCUCGGCUGGUGGAGCUGGUCGUGUGCGCCAACGGCCUGGAGCCCCUGGACGAGGAGCUGAUCCGCAUCGCAGAGCGCUGCAAAAGCCUGACAGCCAUCGGGCUGGGCGAGUGCGAAGUGACCUGCAGCGGCUUCGUGGAGUUUGUGAAGAUGUGCGGGGGCAGGCUGACUCAGCUGUCGAUCAUGGAGGAGGUGCUGAUCCCAGACAGCAGCUACAACAUGGAGCAGAUCCACAGUGAGGUGUCCAAGCACCUGGGUCGCAUGUGGUUCCCUGAUAUGAUGCCCACCUGGUAGGCUGACGGGAAGCCAGAGUGGAGGGCUGGUACGAAGCAUGUGAGUUUAAUGAACUCUGAUGGGAACAGGUCAGACUUAAACACUUUUACAAUCUCUUGU